AUGAGAGUGCGUCUGGUCAUUACACUCGCUCUCGCACUCUUCUUUCUCCAAACAUGCCAAUCUCAUCGGAUGAGACCCAAUGAAUUCGACAGAGUCACGUACACCAUUGUCGCGACUACCGUCGUCGUCUUUCUUUUGGCCGUAUUGUACCGAGACUGGCUCGUAUGGAAGGAGAUCUUGGACCCGCAGUGUUUACGCCGAGGAAAUCUCGAUCCACAAAUGCGCAACAUCUGCAAGGAGAAGAAUGCCCAGGUUAUGCGAAGGAUCGGAGGAAUGAUAGAGAGAGCAGGGAAGUAUCAUCGCGAAAACUUACGUAAAAAAGCCAACAAGCGGAAAAACGAGAAGCUCAAGUGGCAACCUGAUAAAAGAUUUGGCAAGCGAGGCAUGCCUUCGACAAGUGUAGCAUGGCCACACGAAGAUGUAUUCUUGGAGGACCAAGGACGAGCGAAACUGCAGAUCAUGGAAGAUGCAGCGAUGGAUAUUGGCCCUAUGAACUCGGAAUUAGAAGGCUGUAUCCACGAGAAAGUUGACGACGCAACACUGACAGCGAUUGGCGAUAUGAUCGAAAAGACCGAUGGCAAAGCUUUUGAGGGACUCGAACCGGAAACGACCGACUUCGAUACCUUCAAGACCACGUUGCUAGACAGAGGGCCUCAACUAGAGCGUUACAUGCAACUCUUUCUUCAGAGCGGCCUGGGCCGUUGUCUCCACAGUCUCCAGUAA